AUGGAAGACAGCGCAGUUUCCAAAUCAAUGAAAAGACCAACACCUGAUAGUCCUGCAUCAGAAUGGAAGAAAUGGAAGCAUGAAGUCAGGAAAAACAGGACAAGACAAGUAGAUGUGGAUCUAGAAAAACAGCACAGAAAAGAAGCAGCACAGAGGAUAGCCAUUGAGGAAGAAAAGCAAAGGCAGAAAGAAGAGGAAGAACUGAAGAAAAAAAUAGGCUAUAACCACACUAUCAGCAUAGCAUUACCUGGUUCUAUACUGGACAAUGCACAGUCACCAGAACUAAGGACAUACUUGGCUGGUCAGAUUGCCCGAGCUUGUGUCAUUUUCAAGGUUGAUGAAAUUAUUAUCUUUGAUGAAGCUGGUUUCUCUUCUGAGAGUAUCACUGGUGUAUACGAUGGCGUUGGUAAAAGAGGAAAUGCCAAUGUACAGAUGGCUAGAAUAUUACAGUAUUUAGAAUGUCCACAAUAUCUACGAAAGCAUUUCUUCCCAAAACAUUCUGACUUACAGUAUGCAGGUGUGUUGAAUCCAUUAGACACCCCGCAUCAUAUGAGGAUAGAUGACGAGUGUGAAUUCAGAGAAGGUGUGGUAUUGGAUAGACCGGUCAAAGGAGGAAAAGGAUCAUUUGUGAAUGCAGGAUUAAGAAAAGAAAUAAGGAUUGAUAGACAGUUGAGAGAUGGAUUAAGAGUAACUGUCAGGUUGGAUAACAAACAGACAGAUGAAGAUAGAAGAUAUUAUACUGGUAAAGUUGUUUCUCCAAGAUGUCCAUGUACUGAUAGAGGGCUAUACUGGGGAUACACAGUAAGACUGGCGUCUAGUUUAUCAAAAGUCUUUACAGAGUCUUCGUACAAAAAUGGUUAUGAUUUGACAAUAGGGACAUCUGAUAGUGGGGAUGACAUUGAUCAUGCAACAUUUUCCAAAUUUAACCAUGCACUUGUAGUAUUUGGUGGACUUAAAGGUCUAGAAUAUAGCUUGGACUGUGAUGAAAAAUUAAAAAUACAUGAAGUUAAUGAUUUAUUUGACAUGUAUAUAAACACGUGUCCCAAACAAGGAAGUCGGACCAUCAGAACUGAGGAAGCUAUUUUGAUCACUAUGGCCGCUUUAAGACCCCGAAUUAUACAAGCUCUGAAUACGUGA